GGGCCUACAGACAUGCAAAGAAAUUGACUUACACUGACUAACAUGGAGGCAUGCACACACAGCAACUAACACACACGCACAUGGACUCAGACACACACACACAGAUAUGGACUCACACACACAAACACAUCGACUUAGACACACACACAUAUGGACUGACACACACGUAGACAUCCACUUGAGAUACACACACAUGGAGUUACACACACAUUUGGACGUACACACAUACAGCGACUCACACACAGACAUACGUGGACUCACAAACACAUUGACGUAAACGCACAUAUGUACUUACACACAUGGACUAAGACACACACAUGGAUUUAGACACACAUAGACUGACACACACACAGCCCUACACACAUACACAUGUGACACACAGACAUCUACUUGAGAUACACAGACAUGGAUGAACACACACAUAUGGACUCAAACAAACGCAUUGACUUACACACACAUCGAGUGACACACACAUGUAUAGACUUACAAACACAUGUGGACUAACACAUACACAUAUGGACUCACACACACAUACACAUGGACGUACAUGGCUAGAUCACAGACUGGCAAACCGUCGCAGCGUCAUAAAAGCGCAGCUUAAAAGGGAAUAUUUAGCAACCUAAAAAUAAAGAGUUUUGUGCACACAAGCAUUAUUGUAAUUUCUCCCAACGUAUGUUUGAUAAUAGUAAGCAAUCAACGUGAGUUCUUAUCUGCACACAAACAUUAUUAUAGUAAUGUUUGUCAACUAAUGUGUUUAACAAUAAUAAACAAUGGACUUGAGUUGUUAGCGUAAGAAGCAAGGAAAUUUGUACUUACCAUAGGCAUGUUGAGGCCUUGUGCGAUGCAUAGCCCCCGUCCUGGCCUAUAUUGGCAGGCGGUGGAGUUGGCACGUUGCCAGGCUAGGGGCUGGGCCGCUACCCUCCCCCCCCCAAAAUCCGCCGCCCGUGCAAGAAUAAUGCUAUGUAAGCAGUAAAAUAUUAUCUACGGAGUCUGUAGUAUAAACUGAAUGCAUCGUGUGGGGGGGGAGGGGGGGGGCGAAAAGGACAUGACACUGUGAAUAAAUAUCCGCAGCGUGAUGUAUGUGUUGGCUGUAAAACGCGUAAAAUAAAAUGUCUCCCGUGAGCUGGAGCGAACGCGCAUGACUUGGCAGGGUCUGUCCCGCCCCCCCACGCAAUUGGCGUCACUUGGUACGGUCGAUGUCGUGCAAUAAGUAAAUAAAGAAUAAUAUAAACGGCACAAAUGUGUUAAUUAAACUACUUUAACGUCAACAGACGGGAAAACGGAAUAGCCUAUUCCCACCGCGGGGCUUAGAGCGUGCCGCCUGGCAAAUUAUUUCGGUCUUAAACCCCACCGUCCGAGAACCAAAUCCCCCGCAAGCACGAGCGCACGGAGACUUUUAUAUAUAAGAUUAUGUUUAUGCAGAGAACAACUCUGCUUCAUUGUUUACUAUAAUCUAACUAAUACGUUGCCUAAUAUUACAAUCAUAAUGUUUGUGUGCAGAAAACUACAUUUUCAUUCAUAGGUUGCUAAAUAUUUCCCUUUUUGUGUUCCUUUUUACGACGCUGCGACGGUGUACUGCCAUUUUGUGCUGUCGACUGCUGAUUCAUUAACAUCAGUGCACUGCCACUAUUAUCUACACUGUUAAUUUUGCUUUUACCCAUUAUGAGUGAAUGCCAGUCUAUAAUCUGUUGCCUGCUUCUUUACCUCACUAAGUGUACUGCCAGCCUUUCAUGUCGACUGUAUCCUGCUUUUUUAGCUGCUGCCUAUAUUGUCAGCUUUUUAUCGCCACUGUAGAAAUGCUUAUGUCAUUGAGUCGGCGUACUGCCAGUCUAUAAUCUAUGCUAUAGCCUGCUUCUCAACGUACCUGUGCGUACUGCUGCUAUUUAAUAUACACUUAUUUCAGAUUAUUUCUACUAUGCAUUUCUAUUGUUUCGAUUGCUCAUGUCCUGCAAUUUACUGAUACGUAGUACUGCGAUGCUGAUAGCUGUGCCAUCAUCGGGGAUUGCUGUGCACGUCGAUGUGUGUGUGAGAGUCGAUGUGUGUGUUUCAGUCCAUAUGUGUGUGCGUGUUAGUCGAUGUGUGUGCAUGGCUCCAUGUCAGUAUGUAAGUCAAUGUGCGUUUGUGUGUCUAUGUGUGUCAGUCAGUGUGUGUGUGUACGUCCAUGUGUAUGUAUGUGUCAGUCCAUAUGUGUGUGUGUUAGUCUACAUGUGUGUAUAAGUCCAUACAUGUGUGCGUGUCAUUCGAUGUGUGUGUGUAAGUCAAUGCAUGUGUGUGACUUGAUAUGUGUGUGUUACUCCAUGUGUCUUUAUUUAAAGUAUAUGUCUGUGUAUGAGAGUCCAUAUGUGUGUGUACACCAAUGUGUGUCAGUCUAUGUAUGUGUGUGUGAGUCUAUGUGUGUGUGUGAGAGUUGCUGUGUGUACAUCGAUAUGUGUGUGUGUGACACCAUGUGUGUGUAUAUCUCAAGUGUAUGUGUGUCAGUCCAUGUGCAUGUGUGUUAGUCGCUGUGUGUGCGUGGCUCCAUGUUAGUUAGUGUAAGUCAAUUUCUUUGCGUGUCUGUUGGUCCUUGUGUGCGUCUUAGUCCAUGUGUGUGCUUUAUUGACCUGGUCAAGGCCUAUGAUACCAUCAGUAGGCCUAGCCUCUGGGUUGUUCUUCGUGCUUUUCGGAGUCCCUGACCCUCUGCUCACGAUCCUUAAGGACCUUCAUGAUGGUGAGCAGCCCCGUGUCAAACUACGUGGCCGUGAGUCAGAGACAUUCCCUUUACACCUUCGGGUGCAACAGGGAUGUCUGGCUCCCGCAUUAUUUUACAUAUAUUUUUACCACGUACUUCAGAGGAAUUACCAUCUGCUACAGAUACAAUGAGAGGCUGAUCGAUGCUCGGGUGCAGUCAAGGGAUGGCUCCCUAUUGCUCAACCACGUUAUGUAUGCCAAUUAUCUGCUAAUUGCUGCUCACUCGGAGGAGUUCGAGGUGCUGCUGCUGAACCUGGAGCUUGCCACCAACAGGUGGGGCCUUACCAUCAGCCCCACCAAAACUAAGCACCUGCCUGGCUAUUUUAUACCAUCGGAAAUUUCACCCCCACAACUCCCAAUUGGUGAUGGGGCUGUUGUGGAGACAGUGGACAGUUUCCCAUACCUUGCCAGUGUGCUAAUGACCGGCUCCGGUUUAACAGCAAAGGUCUUACUCCAAAUAAGUCGAGCUGCAUUAUCUUUGCAUUGGCUGCGUAACGCUGUGUGGAAGCUACCUGCUCUAUCACUCCGUACAAAGCUUCAGGUCUUCUCGGCACCACGGUCAUUCCCUCCAAACUCUAUGCUUGCGAAACUUGGACCCCCCUAAUGGAACAUCUUCGCCGGUUAUAAACAUUUAGGAUGGCCUGCCUACGAUCCAUCCUGGGUUUAACCUGGCUGCAUUGUGUGAGGAGCUCACAAAUCCUUGAAAGAUGUGGACCAAGUCCCAUCGGUGACCUCCGGCAGGCAAGGCUGCGUUGCUUGAGUCAUGUAGCCCGCAUGGCCAGCCACCACAUGCCUAAACAGCUUUUGUUCGGCCGGAUCCAGGGGGCUGGAGAAGACAUGGAGUUAUGUGGUACAGGAGGAUUUGUAGCUGAGUCCACUUGCGGAUGACUGCUACCAGCUGUGUCAAGAUUGGCCUCUGUGGAGGAGGCUCCUGAAGGAUGCUACUGGGCAGUUGGAGGCAGUCACCCUCCAACAACAACGGAGGGCGGAGGAGCGACGCUCACAACAAUGAGCGGAGCGCCGCGUGGCUAAAGCACAGAAAGUUGCCACAGUAGGGGCCACAGGUGGUGCAUCAGCCAGUCGUCUCAGUCAGUCGACCUGUGCCAUCUGGGUUUGCUCCGUGACCUCCUGCCAGCAGGCAUUCGACACUUCACGUGGCCUCAAGGUGCACAUAGCCUGGCACAAGCGUUGUCGUGACGUCACCGCCACUUAGUGGCGAAUGGCGGUUGUUGUUCAGUUUAUGUAUGUGUGUGUGAGUCCAUUUGUGCGUGUAACUCUAUGUGUGCGUGUUAGUCGAUUUGCGUGUGUAACUACAUGUGUGGCUGCCUUUUUUGCCUGGGCAACGCUGGGUACUAACCGCUAGUAGCUAACAUAAUUAAGUAGGUCCCGAAUUUUGUUAUUGUAUGUGGUUUUGUCCAUGAUGACAGUGGCAUUGCCCUUGUCGGCUGAGAGGAUGACCAUGUCAUCUCUCUUUUUUCAUUGAGAACGCUCAAAGUACUAAGUCACGUUUUGCAGAGGGGUCAAAUACUUAUUUCCCUCAUUAAAAUGCAAAUCAAUUCAUAACAUUUUUGAAAUGCGUUUUUCUGGAUUUUUUUUGCUGUUUUUCUGUCUCUCACUGUUCAAAUAAACUUACCAUUACAAUUCUAGACUGAUCAUUUCUUUGUCAGUGGGCAAACGUACAAAAUCAGCAGGGGAUCAAAUACUUUUUUCCCUCACUGUAUAUUACUCUGUGGAUGCAAAAUAUGAACUUAUUUAAAUGACCAUCUGUGCUGGCUUAUACAAUGAUGGCUGUCCUGCCUAUGAUUCAUCCUCUUCAACCAGACUUGGAUUAGAAGCUUACAGAUCCUUAAUAUAUCAAUAUAGAAUAUUAUCUUGAGUAUCUUUGGCAGGUGAGGCUGCAUUGGUUCGGUCAUGAAUCCCGCAAUCCCAGACACUGCAUGCUCAAGCAGCUUUUAUUUGUUAAGAUGUAAGGGGCUGAACAGGCAUGGCAUUGGCCUGCCAAUGACUGAUGCCAGGCGUGAAGAUCGGCCUCUGGAAGAGGCCCAUGAGGUAUGCUGCAUGGCAGUUAAGAGAUAUUUGCUCUGCAACAACAAUGAGGUCGGAAGAGCGACGCCCACAUGAAUGGGUGGAACGCUGGGUUCCUAACACCCAGCAAGACAGUGGAGCACAGCUGGUUCAUCUGUCGGUCAUCCCUUGACACCUGGAUCAUUCCCAUUACCUGCUGACAAAGAAUCCACAUUUACAUGGCCUUAAACUUCACCUAUCAUGGCAUUAGCACUGUGAUAAGGUUACUUCCAAUUUGUGAUGAAUGGUGACUGUUAAUAUAAUCUGUUACUGAUCCAUGUGAAAUGCAUUUGUAUGUAAGAGUGUAUCUAUGUGGGGAGCAGUGGCGCAGUUAUUUCACUGCAUUAUGAACUCAACAAUUAGUGUUUGUUUAUUGCCGACAGCAAACAUGUUUGAUAAAUGAAAGCUGAACUUCUUGUGGGCCUCUGCUAUGUUGAUUGAUCUUAAAUUGCAUAGUGUGAAGUCAGGAAGCAUUAAUACUGAGCAGAUGAAGGCAGCCAGGCAUGGUUCUGGACACACCACCUUUUUACCAUGCCAGUGUGUGACAGUGUCAAGUUUGUAUUUGCAGUAAAGUAUAUUAACUAUUGAACAUGUCGGUUAAAUCAAAACAAAUAGUUUAUUUUAGUUUUCCUCAGGAACUUUUUGUAAGAAUGGAAACAGUCAGCAAAUUAACACAGCACAUAUCUUGCUGACGUUAGAUCUGUUCUUCCAAGCAUUCAAGCAAAUCUGAGCCUGGCUUCACACCUCUAAGUUGCACUUGAAUAUUAAUUUAUGCAUAAUACAAAUAGUAUUUUCAACAGCCUUUGCUUUGUUAGCUGAGUUUAGCUUUUUUAAAUAUUCCUUUUGUAGCCAGGCAGCCGAAAUUAUGUACAGUGAUACCUCGGUUCACGAACGCUUCUGUUCACGAACAACUCGGUUCACAAACAUAAAAGUUCAUAAAAAUAUGCUCCGGUUCACGAACUCCGCUUCGGUUCACGAACAGGAGCCGUGGCCAUUUUAAUGCUAUUUCCAGGCUGUCACAUGGUCGUGACUUCCUGUAGGAAGAUCGUGGAGAGAAGAAGAGACACAGAAGUACUGUGAGUACUGUGAAGACACUUUCAGUGACUUUUUGGUGUGCUUUUUAGCACAUACAGUACUGUACUGUACUACUGUACUGUACAAUACUGUACUUACUGUAUUGUACACUUCAUCCGUUUGAGUGCUUACUGAAGUCAUCUCAAGCAAGGUUAGUGUUCUCUCUUUAUACAUUACUAUACUGUACAGUACUAAUGUGUAUUGUAAUUUGUUUCAUAUUUUUGUGUUUCAAAAACCAAAAAAAAGGUCAGAACGGAUUAACCGGAUUUACAUUGAACCCUAUGGGAAAAUGUGCCUCGGUUCACGACCAAUUCGGUUCGCGACCAGAGUCAGUUCAUGAAUUAAGUUUGUGAACCGAGGUAUCACUGUACUUGGUGUUUUGGAUUAACAUUUAUUUCGAAGAUACUAGGGCUUCCAGGCAUAUUUAUAACCAUUUGCCCUCUCAUUGUAUGCCUUAACAGCCCAUGUGAUGAAUUGGGAAAUAUCUUGAAUAUAUGAAUAAGUAUAGACGUUAGUCACGUGUGACUGUGUAUAUAUUCAUUCCUCUGUGCCUCGAUACUGACUUAGAUGGUGUGGAUGUGUUUUUCUGCAGGCAGCUGACGUUUCUUCUGACACUUCCUCUGCAGAAUUGGUGUGAUGGAGCAAAGGCACUCAGCACAGCUCGGUACAAAAAGACAACAAUGCGACCAGUAUGCAAACAGUAUGGAUCUUACUGGAAAUUUUACACAGCACCAGAGAACUCAAACAGGAGAGAAACCCUUCAAGUGCACUGUGUGUGAGAAGGCAUUUGCACGGUCAUCAAAACUUAAAAAACACCAAAGAACACACACGGGAGAGAAACCCUUCAAGUGCACUGUGUGUGGGAAGGCAUUUUCAGAUUCAUCACAUCUUAAAAAACACCAGAGAACACACACAGGAGAGAAACCCUUCAGGUGCACUCUGUGCGGGAAGGCUUUUGCACAGUCACCACAUCUUAAAAAACACCAGAGAACACACACAGGAGAGAAUCCUUUCAAGUGCACUGUGUGCGGGUAUGCGUUUUCACAGUCCUCUGCUCUUGUAAUACACCAGAGAACACACACAGGAGAGAAACCCUUCAAGUGCAGUGUGUGUGGAAAGGCGUUUGUAUGGUCAUCACUACUUCAAAGACACCAGAGAACACACACAGGAGAGAAACCCUUCAAGUGCACUCUGUGCGGGUACGCGUUUUCACAGUCAUCUGCUCUUGUAACACACCAGAGAACACACACAGGAGAUAAACCCUUCAAGUGCAGUGUGUGUGGGAAGGCAUUUUCAGGUACAUCUGCUCUUAAAAAGCACCAGAUAACACACACAGGAGCUAAACCAUUCAAGUGCACUCUGUGUGGGAAGGCCACAGAUCGUACUGGAAAUUUGACACAGCACCCGAAAACUUACACAGGAGAGAAACCCUUCAAGUGCACUGUGUGUGAGAAGGCAUUUGCAUGGUCAUCAAAUCUUAAAAGACACCAGAGAACUCACACAGGAGAGAAACCCUUCAAGUGCACUGUGUGCGAGAAGGCAUUUGCACAGUCAUCAUAUCUUACAAUACACCAGAGAACACACACGGGAGAUAAACCCUUCAGGUGCACUUUGUGCUCGAAAGCAUUUGCAGAUUCAUCACAUCUUAAAAUACACCAGAGAACACACACAGGAGAGAAACCCUUCAAGUGCAGUGUGUGCGGGAAUGCGUUUGCACAGUCAUCAGAUCUUCAGAGCCACCAGAGAACACACACGGGAGAGAAACCCUUCAGGUGCCCAUUGUGCGGGAAGGCAUUUGCACAGUCAUCAGAUCUUCAGAGCCACCAGAGAACACACACGGGAGAGAAACCCUUCAAGUGCAGUGUGUGUGAGAAGGCAUUUGCAAAGUCAUCAAAUCUUAAAAAACACCAGAGAACACACACAGGAGAGAAACCUUUCAAGUGCACUGUGUGUGAGAAGGCAUUUGCACAGUCAUCAGUUCUUCAGGGCCACCAGAGAACACACACAGGAGAGAAACCUUUCAAGUGCACUGUGUGUGAGAAGGCAUUUACAGAGUCAUCACAUCUGAAAAAACACCAGAGAACACACACAGGAGAGAAACCCUUCAAGUGCAGUGUGUGUGGAAAGGCAUUUUCAAGUUCAUUUUAUCUUAAAAUACACCAAACAACGCACACAGGAGAGAAACCCUUCCUGUGCACCGUGUGCGGGAAAGCGUUUACACGGUCAUCAAGUCUUCAAAAGCACCAGAGACAACAUACAGGAGAGAAACCCUUCAAGUGCACUGUGUGUGAGAAGGCAUUUGCACGGUCAUCAGUUCUUCAGAGCCACCAGAAAACACACACAGGAGAGAAACCCUUCAAGUGCAGUGUGUGUGAGAAGGCAUUUGCAGAGUCAUCAAAUCUUAAAAUUCACCAGAGAAUACACACAGGAGAUAAACCCUUCAAGUGUACUCUGUGCGGGAAGGCGUUUUCACAGUCACAACAUCUUCAUAGACACCAGAGAACACAUAGGCAUCAGAAAAUCCCCAAGGAGUGUAGUCUGAAAUCAGCUUGUAAAAGUCAAAGUGCUGCAAUGAGCCCAUCCCUCCUGAAAAAAGAUCUAGAAGUUAAUUCCAGCUUGGACACUAUGAAAUGUAUCAAGGUGAAAUUUGAAGAGGCAAAGGUGAAAUGUGACGAAGUGAUGGUGAAGAGCGAAGAAGUGAUGGUGAAGAGCGAUGAAGUGAAGGUGAAAUGUGGAGAAGUGAUGGUGAAGAGCGACGAAGUCAAGGUAAAAUGUGAAGAAGCGAUGGUAAAGAGCGAAGAAGUGACUGUAAAAUGUGAAGAUGAAGAUUCAACUCCAAAAUUGGACCUUCACACCGAUGGAGGCAACGUGAAGCAGGAGGAGAAUUCUGACUGUGAGGCAGAGCGAGGCAACUCCCAGCAGUUUGUGGAAGUGGAGGUGUGGGUGGACUUCUUAGACAAUGCAAAGUCAAAUGGAGACCCUGUAGAUAUGUAAGAUUGAGACAAUGAAGCCCCAUUAGAUUCACCUUUGUUACAGGCCUUUAAUGAAAAGAAUGUAAAGUUGAACACUCCAUUCCUAAGUUCAACCUGCAGCGUAAGAGCGGCCAGUAUUUGCGGACCUGUGGGUUGGGUAAAUCUCUAACCUGGAGCCAGAGCCAAUAUGCUCCCAAGCGUUCACUAUAUUAUAAUAAGGGGAAAACAUUCUCACUCGAAGAGCAAGUUGUAUAUAUGCCUUUUCCAAAAAAAUUAUAUUAAGAGUGAUUCUGGCAAAAACAUUUUUUAUAAUUUUGAUCGGGAUGUAGGGCUGGGGCAUGGAAAGGGAGAGUCUUCCCCCUGCCUCCUGCCUUGCCACACAAAAGACAGCUGGAGGAUAAUUACUCACAAGCCUGUUUGGGAAGUCAUAAAAUUUAAUUAAAAAAAACAGAAAACCUAAGGAGAGGGGCUAAUGAGAUUCUGGGGGGAAAUCCCCAGUUGACUUCAAGAGAAGGCCGCCUUAAGGAAACAACCCACAAUAAAACAAACAAGAUGGAAAAAGCAGGGGUCACAAACCUCCCUUGGACAGCAAAAUCCACCCAAGGGCAGUUAAUCAUUGAGGUUUUCAAAAUACAACAGUAAAGUCCGAAGCUUAACUAUAUCUUCAACCUCAGGAUAUCAAAAUAUAACUUGAGAAUGAGAGGCACGGAUCCCUGGCGAUACAGAUGGGGAACAAAGAUUAUACAACCCUCGGAAUAUUCUUGGUAACAACUAUGGUAUACCACAAAUCUUGGUUAAGCAUGAACCAAUAAUAAUUAUGAAAGUGUUAGACUUAGGGUCAUUCAGAAGAGAUAGAAUGCGAAAUGUCAAUCACACACGACCAAGAUAAUGUAUUCCACGGGAUCAGAGCCUCACCAACCGCCUUUGUCUUCCAGGAGCUAACAGCACAUGGUAUAGGUAUAGUAUGUAUGCAGAGUGGCGCCUCCCCCUAAUAUAUCAAAUACCACGCAAUAAUUCCAAACCGCGACGUGAGUGCUGUGAACGCUGCUCAAAACGUACUUUGAUUCGCUUGCUGAGUCAAAACUGUGGAAAGUGGUACGGUACCAAGCUAUAAGAGGUGUAAAAUAAAAAAAAUGUUAACUUCCAACCCGUGGUGAGAGGGCGGAGAAUAUGGCAACAGCAGGCACAGCCGUGCACAAUAGGUCACGACUUCAAAGGCCACCGCGCCCUUUUUUGAGUCGGAGGCGAAGAAAAUGUAACACGUCCAACCCGUGAUGGGAGCGUGGGGAACGCUGCCCAAAACGUGAACGGAAACAUGGCGGUAAUAAAGACAUCCGGACAACAAACAGCCCAAGCAACAGAAAUCAGUAUUUUAUACCUGCGUGACUUUACCGAAAGAACCAAAGAGUACAACUUGAUCUGUAGCCUGUCUUCUGUGCAGCACGAGUCAUACAGACAACUGGAAGAGGACUCUUGAAGAGGGGGGGGGGGGUGGGAGACAACAAGCGCUGUCUCUCCAAGUCGCUCCACAGUCUACAAGGAUCAACAGUGUCUAGUGUCAAAGGAGGUGACGUACGACAACCAGCGGACAAGCUGCGAGUGGUGUCUGGACGACAGGAUCUGCGCGCACAUUGACGCAGACAGAGCUGGACCCAUCAUGCCUGCCAGAAUGGGCACUGCCGAGAGCGCGACCAGCGUACCGACUUGGCAACCACCCCAGUGGUGGAGAGAGACUGACGAACCAGCAGAGAGUGCCGUGUGUUCGACACACGCGCCGACCUAGCACCCCCUGCUGGACCUGAGGUGUUUUCGGUACAAGGAAUGCUGCACCUCGGAAGCCUCUAACUCAACAGUUAGCAAGAAGACAAUACACACCCACACACAUAGCGUGCAUAUUGGUACUAAUAAUAUUGUUCCAAAAAGUUAUCUUGUUUUGAAAUGGGUUGCCAUCCCAAGGUGGUGCGUUAGCUAUUAGUUGAUCGUGAAGAGCAUUGUUCUGUCCAUUGAGUUACAUGAAUACGGUCAUUUUGAAGUAUUUUAGUGAUUCAUUUUCGUUAAUUUCAUAAUCUUACCAAGGAAUGCAUUGAUGACACUAAACAUAAGCAUAUAUGUUACGAAUCUACACACUCACAGGAAUACUAUUGAGUGGAGAUUUUUCUUUUGGUCACAGAAUCUUGCCCCCGAAUUCAUUGAUGUCCCAUUAGCCAAUUGAUAAGCAUCUGUUAGCCAAACAGGCACACUAGCACGCACACUAUUGUUUCGGGACAUUUAGUCAAUUACAUAAUCUUGCCAAUGAAUUAAUUGAUGUCUAAUUUUCCCAUUGGGCACAUGUUUCUUUAGCAUGUUACGUAUGAAUAUAUAUUUUUAAAGGACUUUUCCUAUCGCCGUGUAUAGUCUCGCUACUCUGAGGAGUUAGCCGAUUGUUCCGUUACUCAGUUUUAACAAACGUAACCAUUGAGGGUUAAUUGUACGGAUCAAUGAGUACUUCAGGAGUAUGGUGUUGACAAUUCC